GAAUUUGCAACACACAUGUUAUUAAAGUAUGUCAAAUUCAGGACAUUGUAAAAAAAAAACAUACAUUUGAAAGAUAGUAAAAUAAAUAAAAACAAAUAUUCCAUAAUAUUGAUAAUGUAUGUCAUACGUUGUUGACUUGGUACUUGUAUCACCUCAUUGAGACCUGAGAAUGCAAUUCUUAUUAAGUAUUUAUUGGGGACAUUGUACUUUUUUUUAUCAUAACCAAUCCAAUGCUGAACAAACACACACACACACACUUUAUACAUUAUGAAGUCACAAUAACCCAAUCGCCCCAGAAAUUCUAGAAUUCUUAACCCACAUUAUAACACACAGCGAGUGCUCAGAAAUCAUUUACAAACCUUUGCUUGUUAAAAUACUAUACAAUGCUGGGAACUGCACCCCCGGUAAAGAAGAGGGUGCGCUUACCCUCUCUGGAGGGAGCACCGCCCUCCUCCAGACUGAGGAGAGUGGAGGGAAGGAGAGGGAGGAGGACUCGCUGCCCCUCCCCUGAAACACCAUCCAGCUCCUUCCAACACGAGAGGACAGAAGAUGUUACAGCUGAGAGGCCCGGGGCCUGUAUUCAAGAUUUACCACCUGAGAUUAUGGAGGUCAUUCUGGGACAUCUCUCGCCAUGUGAUGUCAUGUCCUUUGGAGCGACCUGCGCCAGAUACCACCAGCAGAACAGUGUCCCCUGGGUCUGGAAGAGCUUCUGCAGCCGCAUGCCGGGCCCAUCAGAGCCCAGUGACUGGCAGCGGUUGGCCAUUCUCAAACACACCCAGGCACUGCACACUCAGCGACUGGGCCCGGCCCAGCGCGGCUCCCCAGGCACCAGGUCCCGCCGCUCCCAGCCGCCCACUUCCAGGGCCAUGGAACUCCCAGAGGCCCAUGGGUACCGGCGGGUGGUGCCUGCUUGGGGCAGCGUGCUGCUCUGGGACUACCAGGGCACCCUCCACCUGCUGAGGCAUGAUGGGGCUGAAGGGCUGCUGUCCCAGCCCAACGUCCUCUGCCACAACGUCAAGGAUUUUGCCGUUGAUCCUCGCAACGACGCCCGCCACCGUGAUCACGUUUACGUCUUGGCCAACCCCCAGGAUGUCUCCCAGGGAACCAGCAGAGUGACCUUCUACGGCCUGGGCACCGGUGCACCCGUGUUCCGGAUGACCUUUCACCCUUCACUGGCCUUCGCGCAGAUCUGCCUCACUGGGACUAAGAUCCACCGUCAGCUGCUGCUCCUUUCUGGUCAGCAGAGAUAUUUCCUAUGUAAUAAGCUUCUAAUGGUCCAAAGAAGAUACAACAUUGUAUUGACCCUGGUAUGCACUGGGGCGGUGUAUGGGCUCUCACUCAACGAGGCCAACAUGCUGCUGAGGUGGCACAACUUCUCUGUGCACAUGACACGCAAGAUCAUGAGUGUCCCUCAGGGUCCGCUGUCCAUCCGUCAGGUCCAAAGCAGCCAGAACAGCGCCCUCUACCUGAGUGGGGACGGGACAGUGUGUCUGGAGGUCUAUUCCCCCGCUCUCUACAAGAAGAUGUUUGGCGACCAGCAGGUCUGCCCUGCCUUGCAACCGCCUGUGCAUCUGCCACUGCCUACCAAGGUGGUGAAGUGUUCUCUGGGCCCCAGCCAUAUCUGCCUGGUGGAUGAAAGGGGGGGCAUAUUCACGCAGGGAGAUAACAGCUUUGGCCAGUUAGGUACUGGGGACAGAGUUGACCGCAGACAACUCACUCAGGUGUCAGUGUCCAUGAGGCCUGUGGAUGUGUGGUGCGGGCCCAACCACACUCUGGUCCUGCUACAAGAUGAGUCCGGGGCCAAGGAGCUCCAUGGCUGUGGUUUUGGUGCCGCAGGCCGCCUUCCCGGCCACCCCAAAGGCAGCGAUGUGUUGGUCAAGCUCAACGUCCUGGUACCCCGGGCCUCCCGCUCAAUCUGUGCCGUCAAAAACUGCCUGUAUAUCAUGAGCAGCCAUGAUAUUGACGAGGCAUUGUUCGACAACGGCCACAACUGACCCUUCACAGCGCUACCAUCCCAUGCCAACACUGACAUCGACUACUGCUGCAGAAAUCUAAUUUGAUUUAAUGCCACCUAGAAAUGACUUUGGCUUUCAUACCUGUGCGCACAGGAAUUGUUUUUGUCAUCGACCUACAUAAAAAUACACUUUG